AUGGAAAAUGAAAUGUUUAAAGUUGGCAAGCUAAACAACUCUGAGCACUAUUCUGUGUGGAAAUUUGAAGUGCAAAUUUUAUUAAGUGCCUCAGAACUAUUUGAGCUUGUAAAUGGUGUACAUAUUAAGCCAGUUAAAUUAGAAUCUGAAUCUCAGGUAGUAUUUGGCAAUCGUUUGGCAGCAACAAAGAACAAUGAUUUACAGAUUAACGAGGCUUUAAAAUUCAAAGAAAGGCGUGACUUCUUCUUUGUGUAUAGUAUUCAACCCAUUGCUAAUGGAAAAUGUCAAGAUUCCUUGCCAAGUUGUUCAGGAUUAAUCAUAGGCAAGAAAUGGAUCCUUACAUCAAAGGCCUGUGUCGACAAUGGUGUUCAACUUCGAUUAGACUUCCAAAGGCUCAACAGAAAUAAUUCUAUUGGAUCGUACAGUGCUGUGGUGAAUAACGAUGAAAAAUACAUCACCAAGUAUCCAACAGACUUUGAUGACAUAGCCUUGAUAAAACUACCAUUCGAAUUGAUUUACUCUCCUACAGUCAAGUCUAUCGGUUUUUCGUUAAGGCAACCUUCCCAGUUACUGAAAAAACUGGUUGUUCUACCAGGAUUCGAUGAUAGUCUUCAAGGAAAGGAUCAACUUACUUAUGCAAUGUUGAACAUAGCUUCGAAUGACGUCUGCAAGCAGUUCUAUGGAGACGUGUUCGAUGAGUUUCUGAAUACGUGCGCUCAGCAAAAUAACCUUUAUGGCCUUUCUGCAACCGACUCUGGAGCUGGCUUGGUCGUCGGCUGGCCAGCCUAUCCAGAAUUGAUUGGAAUCUAUUCAAACACUUUGAAGGGUUCUAACACUGGUUUACCUUCAUCUUAUAUUCUCCUUGAAAAAUAUGCUCCAUGGAUCGAGAACGUCAUUGAUGAGGUGGACUCAGAUUGGCUAUAUAGUGGGACUACUAGUUCGACAACGUUAGCUCCGUUUAAUUAA